AUGAACGUCACCGCCGGCACGCGCGCGCUGCGCCAGGCCGCUACCAGCCUCAGGACUGUGGCCGCCGCGUCGAUGGCCGGCUCGUCCCGUGCGGCGUCGACCUACACCGCCCAGCCCUUCUACGCCCCGAAGAAGCGCUUUGACGACACCGAGCCGCUGCCGCGCCGUGCUCGUCCUCCUACCACUGGUCACUUCACCGGCAAGCCCGAAUACACCGAGGCCAUUGCAUCGCUCGAGAAGAUCCUUGAGAAGGCUCGCGCUGCCCUGAGGAAGGAGUACAUCUGGCCUGUGCCCGCAGACCUGCCUUACGUGCAGCCUCCUGUUGCGUUCUGGCGUGCGCAGACCGACAUGGGCUUUGCUAUUCGCAAGAACAGCGACUACACCGCCCUGCUCAAGCUCCUCAACGCGUGCAACUCGGCUCGCCACAUUGCCUCGCUGGCUGGCUCGUACGACGUUGCCGCGGCGCUCGACGAGGCUGUCAUGCCGUACGAGCGUGCGGACCGUAUCGCUGAGCGGGCGGCCAAGCUUGCUGCCAGGGAGAACGCCGACAGCGGCAUCGACGCUCUUGGCCGUGCGUACGCUACUGGCCGCAGGAAGAACUCGUCGGCCCGCGUGUGGGUCGUCCCCUCGAAGCAGGGACGGGAGCUGCUGGACCAGCCGUCCGAGAAGGUUGUCGGUCCCGAUGGCGACUUCGCGCCGGAGAUCCCUAUCGAGAUCCCCACGGGCGAGGUCCUCAUCAACCACCUCCUCCUUCCUCAGCACUUUACCCGCCCCGUGGACCGUGAGACUGUUCUCCGCCCCCUGCGCGUGACGGGUCUUGUUGGCGCCUUCAACGUCUUCGCCCUCGCCCGCGGCGGUGGCUCGACCGGUCAGGCCGGCGCCAUCGCCCUCGGUAUCGGUCGUGCCCUCGCCCUCUUGCGCGAUGACGCUGUCCCCGCUCUCAGGAGCGACCUUGCUCUCAUGCGUGAUAACCGUAUGACCGAGCGUAAGAAGACUGGCCGCAAAAAGGCUCGCGCUGGUUACACCUGGGUCAAGCGUUGA